AUGUUCAAGUACUCGCUAAUACUGGCUUUUUUGCUAUUGUUUGCUAGCAUAGGCUAUGCCGUCGAAAUUGACAUUUCCAGCAGCAGCUCCAUCUGCGCUGCUGCCAAACUCGUCCAGGAAGGGAUGUGGAACUACUAUGAGGGCUUCAGACCCGGCGGCGUCAUUGGCAUGUUUGCCGCCCCCAACUACUGGUGGAAUGCCGGGGAGGCCUUUGGCGGCUUGGUAGACUACUUUACCUUCUGCGACCCCAACAACAAGACCUUGGAAGCGUGGAUCCACGAUGGAAUGUACCAUCAAGCUGGAGAAAACUACAACUACAUUCCCUCGAACCAGUCGAUGACCGAGGGUAACGAUGACCAAGGCGUGUGGGGCAUGGCCAUCAUGGAGGCUGUCGAGAGAAACUUUACCAACCCCGACCUGCAUUCGUGGUUGGAAUUGUCGCAGGCUAUUUUCAACACCAUGAACGCGAGAUGGGACACGGCUCACUGCGGCGGCGGCUUGAGAUGGCAGAUUUUCACCUGGAACUCGGGCUACAACUACAAAAACUCCAUCUCCAACGGCUGUCUUUUCCACUUGGCCGCAAGGUUAGCGAGAUACACCGGUAAUGGCACCGUCUACAUUGAAACUGCCGAAAACGUCUGGCAGUGGAUGAACGAUGUCAAGUUCUUGACCGAAGAGGCAAAUGGGAAUUUCCGUGUCUAUGACGGAGCUGAAAUUGACGAUAACUGCACAAAAGUCACCGAUUUGAGAUGGUCCUACACCUAUGGUGUGUUUAUGACUGGGUGUGCUUAUUUGUACAAUUUCACGGGGGAAGAGAUUUGGAAAACUCGUACCGAGGAGAUUGUCGACGCUUCGUUGGAUUAUUUCUUUGCCAAUGGGAUUAUGCAAGAAACCACGUGUCAGCCAAGUAGGUUGUGCAACAACGAUCAAAGAUCAUUCCGGUCCUUGUUUUCACGUUGCCUUGGAUUGACCAUGUUGAUUAUCCCUGAGUUGGAAGGGCAGAUUAGACCAUACUUGGAAACCAGUGCCGCUGCCGCUGCGCGAUCGUGUUCAGGUGGUACUGACCAGAUUACCUGUGGCGAAAAUUGGUCUGCCGCAGUAUGGGAUGGAGUUUACGGCUUGGGCGAGCAAAUGUCUGCUUUGGAAGUGAUGAUGUCCUUGGUUGUCAGGGAGCCUCUCAGUGUUGCCACCGGCGGCAGCAAUAGAAGCGACUUUUCUGCUGGAAUGAACCAAGCAGAUGCCGAGAAUAAGAACAAGUUGAAGAUUACUACAAAGGACAAGGCCGGUGCGGGUGCAUUGACUGCCAUUGUCUUGAUUAUCUUACUUGGCGGUGCCGUUUGGAUGGUAUUUUAA